GUCAAUUUGUUACAAUAAUUAUUAUAUAGUGUCUCUCUUAUUAUAUAUCGUCACUUCGUCAGGAUAUGAAGAUAUACUUCUGUGGGAGUAUCUAUGGCGGACGUCAGGAUGCCGAGUUAUAUACCCGCUUGAUUGAACAGCUGAAAGGUUAUGGAACAGUUCUCACUGAACAUGUUGGCUCUAAGGAACUAACUGAUGAACAAAAAAAGUGGACAGACAAAAAUAUUCAUGACAAUUCUUUAGAAUGGUUGACAAGCUGUGAUGUUGUGGUUGCCGAGGUAACACAGCCAUCACUAGGGGUUGGUUAUGAGAUUGGUAGAGCUAUUGCCAUGAAUAAAAAGAUACUGUGCUUGUUUAGACCAUCUUCAGAUAAACGUCUGUCAGCAAUGAUAUCUGGGGCAGACAAUGGAUCAACAGUGCAAACAAAACACUAUACAGAACAAGAGGCUGCAAAGAUAUUUAAAGACUUUUUUACAUGAAAAAUUGAAAAAUUAAUUUCUUAUCUAUUAUAAUUAUGUCUUCAUUCUUCUUUCAUGCAGUUAAAAUGUUAAUAAAUGAAAAAGCCAUAGGAUUUCGCUGAAAUGCAGAUGUUUAAAGUCUCAGUCUAGCUAAAAUACUAAUGAGCCGCGGCACAACAAAACCAACAUAGUAUGUUUGCGACCAGCAUGCAGUCUGAUCAGGAUCCAUGCUGUUCGCUAUCAGUUACUCUAUUUGCAAUAGGGUUGGUAAGCGAACAGCAUGGAUCCUGAUCAGACUGUGCGGAUGCACAGGCUGGUCUGGAUCCAUGCUGGUGGCAAACGCACUAUGUUGGUUUUGUCGUGACGCGGCUCAAUUAUGCUUUUAUAUGAUAAAUCUGUUGCUCAAUAGAGAAUUACAGAAAGCUUGUGAAGUUGUCUUAUAUAGAUAUGGUCAAACAUAACAAUUUUUGCAAAUAAAGGGAGGUAAAUGCUUUGUCUGUUCUGCAAUAAAAUAAUAUGUAUUUUUACUAGCAACAUUAUAAUCAAUUAAAGAAACAACUGUGAUAUAAAUAUUACAUUUUUUGUAUGUUUAUAGGUACAUGUACUCAUUUUGUUGUCAGGAAUCAACCCAAACUUUAUAAUUUUUGUGUUUUCUAUAUCUGCGAUUUUUAACAUACAGAAUCUGUAAUAUCAGAACUACAAGUUCAGCAGCAAACAGUAUAGUCCUUCAUUGAAAGACAUCACAUUUUCUUUUUUUUUACAGUUUGACAUUUAUCGGAAAAUGUGAAUUUAAAAUUAAAGUUAAAGCGGAUUUGACCCAUGUAAAAAAUAGAUUCAAAUCCGCGGUUACGUCUAAAUAUUUGGACAACAAACAGUGCAGAGCUAGGUCAGACUUCACUUUUGUCUAGACUGGCAUGACUCUAUACUGGUAAGGGUUCAGAAAUUCUGAUCAUUUUAAAUAACUUGGGAACAUCAAAACUGUGUUUGCUAAAAUCACUUUUAUUUUGAUGUUUUUUCCCAAUGAGGUCAACGAAUAAUUGUAUGUUAAGUAUAAUUUUUGUUUCCUCUAAAAGCAAUAUAUAUAAGUGCUUUUGUAGUUAGAAUAUUCGCUAUAUCAGAUGAAUGAUUGCAUGCCAAAAGUAAAAUGUUAGUCAUAAUUUGUUUGUCAAACUUUAAAUGAGGACGAUUCAAAGAAAAAAGUAUGUACAAGACUGCAAUGAUGUAUUUACUGCAGAUUGAGA